CCAUCCAUUUACCAUUUAGAUAGCCAAUCACAUGCGUUCACAUAAUUUUGAUCACAAGUGUGAGCAGAAAAACAAACAGGCAGCCUAAAUGGCCAAAAUUAUGUAGACACAAACGACAUGUCUUACUGUAUUUCCGUGGAAGUUUAUGUCCACAUACUUUUGUCAUACAUUUUUCUUUCUACGUGUUUAUGUUCAGUGUCCGGCAGUCCCGUGUGUAACAUAAUAAUAUAUGUGCAAAUAGUCAGAAAGUAUGUGGAAAAUAAUUACAAGGUAGCCUAAAAUAAGUGUCCACAUAAUUUCGGGACAAAAAGUGCUGCUGCAAAGAGUUUAUGACCAGAACUAUGUGGACAAACACUCCAAGCGCUGUGUGUGUUUCCUGCAGCUUCAUCCUCUCAAUCUCGGCCUGCUGACCCCACGGCUGUGCGGCUGGAGGCGGACACAUUCCUCUGUCCUCCCCCCGGACGCUGUGAGGGAGGAGGCGGAGCUGCUGCUGCUUUAAUUAGUGAAGAAGGAGCAGCAGGAGGAGCAGAGGAGCGGACGGUUCGGAUUGUUACGCAGCAGACUGCCGGAGCUCUGUGUGUGUGUGUGUGUGUGUGUGUCCGUGUAUUUUGUGACAGUCUGGAUCUGUGCGGAGGUGUGCGGACAGCGGUGACCGGUUCGGAGCGUGCGCAGUGAGGACCACCUGCUGCUGGUCACCGAGCGGGCCAGGGCGCGCGGGGACGGAAUGCGGGUUUCACGCACGGAGCACGCGCAGUUCCUGAGCGCUCCGUGCUGUGUGAGUGCAGCGAGCAUGUUGCCAUGGUGCCCCGGGCUCAGAUGAGCGGCACGCGGAGGAGCUCCGGUCGGGAUGGCUCGCGAGGACGCAGUGAGGUGUCUGCGCUGCCUGCUGUACGCGCUCAACCUGCUGUUCUGGGUGAGAGGAGCGGGCACGCGCACGACUACAAGAGUCUGAUGUCAGCAUGUGUGCUGGGAGUGGCGGCGUGGAUCCGUGACUCUCUCAACACCGUUCUCACCCUGACGGCCCACACCAGGUUGGAGGAAGCUGCCGUCCUCACGUACUCUCCAGCUGUUCACCCCGUCAUUGUUGCCGUGUGCUGCUUUCUCAUCAUCGUGGCAAUGGUGGGGUACUGCGGCACGCUCAGGUGUGACCUGCUGCUGCUCUCCUGGUACUUCGGCAGUCUGUUGGUGAUCUUCUGUGUGGAGCUGGCCAGUGCUGUGUGGACCUACGAGGAGCCCUCAGUGCAGCGCUCUGACAUGAUCAGCCUGAAGUCUCGGAUGCCAAACUACGGCCUGCAGCGUUACCAGUGGCUCACACACACCUGGAACAGCUUUCAGACGGAGUUUAAAUGCUGCGGUGUCAUCUACUUCACUGAUUGGCUGGAGAUGACUGAGAUGGAGUGGCCACCUGACUCCUGCUGCUCGAAUCAGUAUCCAGGCUGCGCUCGCCAUGCCCACUACCACGACCUCAGCGACCUACACCAAGAGGGCUGCGGUCCAAAGAUCUACAGCUUCAUCCGUGGGACGAAGCAGCUGCAGGUGUUGCGUUUCCUGGGUGUGUCCAUUGGCGUGGCUCAGAUCAUCGCCAUGGCGCUCACUCUCACACUCCUCUGGGCACUUUAUUAUGGACGGAAGGCUCCAGAGCCGGACCCGCCCACACUGCCGCCACCGGAUGACCCCGACCCUGACACAGCAGCACAGGCAGCCUCAGCAGACGCUUUAAAGCCAGGCUGCAGCCGCUCAAAUAAAGGCUGCACCAACAUGGCUGCCACCACACCGAAACAUCAGUUUGAGAUGGAACGACUUCACGCCGCCGCCUGAAAAGCUUCGUCCGGCUUGUCCAACACCAGACAACCUUUACUCAGUGAGAACACGAGCACCGGCAGCUUCAGAGCAAAGCCACACCCCCGAUGACCUCCUGGCGUUACUGCAGCUCCGAUCAUCACAGAACAAAAAGCGUGUUAGCGCGUGCCUGUUGCUGAUCGAGGGGAACACACCAGCUACGCAUCAUCAGUUUUAUGUUAAAAUUUAAGAAUUCCUGAAGGUAAACUCUGGACUUACUGUUUAAAUAAGGAAGGUCAUGUGCUUUUUCUAAAGGAAACCAGGAAAAUAAUCUUUUAUUUUUACAGUCUUGCUCUAUCACAUCCUCUCAACCGCACCACUGGAUUAUUGUUGAUAUCAGAUGUAGAUGUGUGCACCCUCUCAGCUUCCUGUUGGUCAGAGUGAAGGCGUUCCCACUCUGACAGUCUGACAGGUGAUGGUAUUGGGUGUAGCUGCUGCUCUGUUCGUGCUUCUCUUGGUGGACUGUGAGUCGUCUGAAGAACAGACUGUAAACUGAGAAUGGACUGAAUGGGGGCUUACUGCAGGUCUGGAGGAGACAAGUGAGACAGGUGAGGAAGAGAGGAGGCUGUUCCUGUCAGACAUCGUGAACUCUAAAGGAGCUGAUUUUGUUCUUGGGGAUGAUGAAGUCAGAGAACAUGUUAGAGAACAGACUUCCUCCUGUUUGGACUCCCCGCCUCUAAUGAGACCAAACAUAUGGACACAGCCGCUUGGAGACGGACUCCAGAUGUUUUCCUGACAGCUGUGUCAGGAGCCACUGGAACAUUAGAUGACUUUUGAAUUGGAUUAUUUAUGGAGCUCUCUGAGAGACUGUACACCCACAGGAAGUGUGAGAGUCUGUGCAUGGUGUUGGAUAUUUAUUGUUUGUUAUUGCAGCGUUUUCACUGGAAUAAAACAAAGUAUUAAAGCUGUUUGAGACGGA